ACUUGUAAUUUCAACCACAUUUCCCGUCCACUGUUCCCGUCGGAGCUGAAAGCAACUCUUUUUUUCUUUUUUGUUCGUGAAAUUUGAGGUUGAUUGUGGAGUUUUCUUCUUCUCAUCUGAUCAUGGGUUUUUACGAAGGAUGUUUUGAUUGAAACCAGAGGAAAAUCUUUCGAGGAAAUUAAGGGAAGAAGAACAUCUAACAAUAACAAUGGCAUCUUUAACCAAUCAACCAUCAAAGAAGGCCAUUCGCAGCCCCGGCGGGUCUAAUAAUUCUACGAGCAAUCGGGGUUCGGUUGGACAAACGGUUAAGUUUGCGCGAAGAACCUCGAGUGGCCGUUAUGUUAGUUUGUCGAGAGAAGAUCUCGACAUGUCAGGAGAGGUUUCAGGAGAUUAUAUUAACUACACUGUGCAUAUUCCUCCGACACCAGAUAAUCAACCGAUGGACUCGUCAAUAGCCACCAAAGCGGAGGAGCAAUAUGUCUCAAACUCGCUGUUUACUGGCGGAUUCAAUAGCGUGACGCGAGCGCAUCUCAUGGAUAAGGUGAUAGAUUCAGAAGUGAGCCAUCCCCAGAUGGCUGGAGCUAAGGGCUCUUCGUGUGCCAUGCCGGCUUGUGAUGGCAAGGUCAUGAAGGAUGAGCGUGGCAUCGAUAUCACCCCUUGUGAAUGCAGGUUUCGAAUAUGUCGGGAUUGUUAUCUUGACGCCCAAAAGGACACAGGGCUAUGUCCAGGAUGUAAAGAGUUAUACAAAUCAGCCGAUUAUGAUGAUGAUCCUAAUGARUAUUCAGGAGGAGCAUUACAAUUACAAGGGCCAGACGGGUCUAAAGGCGGGCAAAAUAUGUCAAUGAUGAAACUAAACCAAAGCGGAGAAUUUGAUCACAAUAAGUGGUUGUUUGAGACAAAAGGAACUUAUGGGGUUGGUAAUGCAUAUUGGACACCAGAAGAUGGCUAUGCAGAUGGUGGAGAUGACAAGUUUCGUGAUGGGGUGAUGGAGUCAAUGGAUGCUUCUUGGAAACCGUUGAGUCGAACGUUUCCAAUCCCAGCAAGCAUCAUCAGUCCUUAUAGGUUGUUGAUUUUGAUUAGACUUGUGGUGUUGGGUUUCUUUUUGCAUUGGAGAGUGAAACAUCCAAAUGAAGAUGCAAUAUGGUUGUGGUUGAUGUCAAUUGUUUGUGAAAUAUGGUUCGCUUUUUCUUGGAUUCUUGAUCAGGUUCCGAAGUUGUGUCCCGUCAAUCGUGCAACUGAUCUUCAAGUGCUUCACGAUAAGUUCGAUGCACCGUGCCCAUCGAAUCCAACAGGUCGUUCCGACCUGCCUGGAGUUGACUUGUUUGUGUCGACUGCUGAUCCUGAAAAGGAACCUGUUCUUGUCACUGCCAAUACGAUCUUAUCUAUUCUUGCCGUUGAUUAUCCGGUGGAAAAACUUGCUUGCUACAUCUCUGAUGAUGGAGGUGCCCUGUUGACAUUCGAGGCCAUGGCAGAGGCAGCGAGCUUUGCAGAUUUGUGGGUACCGUUUUGUCGUAAGCACGAUAUYGAGCCGAGAAAUCCAGAGAGUUAUUUUAGUUUAAAAGUGGAUCCAACUAAGAACAAGAGUAGGUCAGAUUUUGUGAAGGAUAGAAGGAAGAUCAAGCGAGAGUACGAUGAGUUUAAGGUACGAACGAAUGGGCUUCCUGACUCGAUUAGGAGGCGAUCAGAUGCUUUCAAUGCGAGAGAGGAGAUGAAGAUGUGGAAGCACAUGAGAGAAACAGGGGCCGAUGCCAUGGAGCCGAUUAAGGUUCAAAAAGCGACAUGGAUGGCUGAUGGCACCCAUUGGCCUGGAACUUGGGGUGUCUCUGCUAGUGACCAUUCUAAGGGUGAUCAUGCUGGAAUUCUUCAGGUGAUGUUGAAGCCUCCGAGCCCCGAUCCAUUAAUAGGGAGCACGGACGAGAAGAUCAUAGACUUCAGUGAUGUAGACACUCGUCUUCCGAUGUUCGUGUAUGUGUCUCGAGAGAAACGACCCGGAUAUGAUCAUAACAAGAAGGCAGGUGCCAUGAAUGCACUUGUACGAGCUUCAGCCGUUUUGUCAAAUGGUCCUUUCAUUCUCAACCUUGAUUGUGACCAUUACAUCUACAAUUGCAAAGCCAUUCGCGAAGGAAUGUGCUUCAUGAUGGACCGUGGGGGAGAAGAUAUAUGUUACAUUCAAUUCCCUCAAAGAUUUGAAGGUAUUGAUCCUUCUGAUCGAUAUGCCAAUCAUAAUACUGUCUUCUUUGAUGGCAACAUGCGAGCACUUGAUGGCAUACAAGGUCCGGUUUACGUUGGGACUGGUUGUAUGUUUAGGCGGUUCGCGCUCUAUGGUUUCGACCCGCCGCAACCCGAUAAGAUUAAGCAUAAAAAUAAUGAUCAAGCAGAAACACAACCUUUGCAAGCCACUGAUUUUGAUCCUGAUCUUGAUGUGAAUCUACUUCCCAAACGUUUUGGCAAUUCUAACAUGUUGGCUGAGUCAAUACUGGUUGCAGAAUUCCAAGGUCGCCCUCUUGCUGAUCAUUCUGCAGUCAAGUAUGGACGACCUCCUGGCGCCCUUCGAGUUCCACGUGAACCGCUCGAUGCUGCAACGGUUGCUGAAGCCGUCUCGGUCAUUUCCUGCUGGUAUGAGGAUAAAACCGAAUGGGGGGAACGAGUGGGAUGGAUUUAUGGCUCGGUGACAGAAGAUGUCGUUACCGGAUACCGUAUGCACAACCGUGGAUGGCACUCAGUGUACUGCAUUACCAAACGUGAUGCUUUCCGUGGAUCAGCUCCAAUCAAUCUCACUGAUCGACUCCAUCAAGUGCUCCGAUGGGCGACAGGUUCGGUCGAGAUUUUCUUCUCAAGAAACAAUGCAUUGCUCGCUUCUCGACGCCUUAAGCUUCUACAACGUCUCGCAUAUCUCAACGUUGGCAUUUAUCCCUUCACUUCGAUCUUCCUCAUCGUAUAUUGCUUCCUCCCCGCACUCUCCCUCUUCUCUGGCAACUUCAUCGUUCAAACACUCAACGUCACAUUCUUGGUCUACUUGUUGAUCAUAACAAUCUGUCUAAUCUCCCUAGCCAUCCUGGAGGUGAAAUGGUCAGGCAUUGGGUUGGAAGAGUGGUGGAGAAACGAACAAUUCUGGCUCAUCUCAGGCACGUCUGCUCACUUAGCAGCUGUGGUACAGGGCCUGUUGAAGGUCAUAGCCGGGAUUGAAAUCUCAUUCACGCUUACAUCAAAGUCUGCCGGGGACGAGAACGAGGACAUAUACGCGGAUUUGUACUUGGUGAAAUGGACUUCCUUGAUGGUUCCUCCCAUAGUGAUUGCCAUGAUGAACAUAAUAGCCAUGGGAGUGGCAUUCUCAAGGACAAUUUACAGCACAGUGCCCCAAUGGAGCAAGUUCAUAGGAGGGGCCUUCUUUAGCUUUUGGGUUCUGGCCCAUUUGUACCCUUUUGCAAAAGGGUUGAUGGGGAGGAGAGGGAAGACACCAACAAUUGUCAUAGUUUGGUCAGGUUUGAUAGCCAUUACACUUUCUUUGCUUUGGAUAGCCAUUAGCCCACCAAAAUCAACUACUCCUGAAGCAGCUGUGGGAGGAGGAGGGUUUGAAUUCCCAUGAACACACACAAAAAUUCAAAAAUAAUAAAACAAAAAAAAAUACAUAUAAUU